UAUUGGUGGAUGCUUGCUCCUACUUUCCGUAUGGAGCUGGGACCGCCUAUCAGUUGGGCGGCCCAGGAUACUCAACCAGAGGACAUGGCCUCAUUACCGGAACAACCCUUAUCGGGAGCCCACUUGGGCAUACAUUUGGGACAAUGUCUCGGAGAUGACGAGCGAUCCAAUGGUCAUGUACAGGCACUACACUGAGGAGUUGGACACUCUUACCGCUGAGCAGGUGGAUUGGGAGCCAUAUGGUACCUAUUACCGUAUUGGCGCGGCGAUGACUGACCUCAACCCCAAGUGCUUGGAGGAGGCGGGUUUCUGGCGUAUGCGGUGCCCACUCAUAUGCAUGUGGGCGGUUGAAUACCACCAGCCGCACAGAGUGAUGAGACAGUUUGGGCUGUAUCAGGAGUGCCCACCUCAGUGGCAAGACACGGACCACGCGCUCCAUAGGCUUGAUAGGCAGCGGCAGAGGAAGAUCACGAAUUGGCCUGUCCAUCAUAGGAUUCACGUGACAACGUUCCAACACUGUUUGGAAGCAAUACGGAAUGGCGGACAUGUCGAGAUUUUCCCUCACGACUUGGCCGCUUUCAACAACUAUCUCCAAUGGUUUCAUCAAAGCACGCCUACAGAGUGUGAGGUUGUUUGGGAUCAGAGCCAUAGAGAUGAAAAGCCUAUCGGACCGAUGCGGCAUUUCAUUAAGAUUCCUGACGACACCAUUCUGAGUCAAAGCAUUAGUCGAGGCAAGAAGCAAGCCACACGGUCUGCAUACCAGUUGAAGCCGAGGGGCAAGGCUCCACACCGUUACACUCCGGAAGAUUAUGCGAACCGAGGAAAGAAGGCUGUGAUCGAGUCCGAUGAGGAGCCGCCGCGGAGAUCAUCUUUGAGGAGGAUGAGGAACGAUGAGUCGUCAUCUUCAGAGGAGCAGGAGGUGCAGCAGCAAGAAGAGCAACGGCAGCGGACGAAAAGGAUGGCCGUCCGGAAGCAGCCCGUGAGGAGGGGACGUCGAGGAGGAUAG